CUGCACGAUUUUGCCCUUGCUGGGAAUUGUGGGUGCUGGGAGAAACAGCAGGCGCCACCGUGCAGCCCGGUGGGAGGCUGGCCGGCCACGGGCUCCGGGGCAGGGUCCCCCACCCGCGGUGCCCGCGGCUAGCUGCGCCCGCCCGCCCGCGCCCGCCUGCCCUUGUUUGGCCGCGCGGCCUCGGGGGCGGUGCCGUCCGCGUCAGCGGCGCCCGCGGUGACGGCGACGUGCGGCCCGCGCCACUGCUGCCCGCGGACGCCGCGGACCCCCGGAGCCCAUGGCCCAGGCGAAGAUCAACGCCAAGGCCCACGAGGGCCGCUUCUGCCGCUCCUCGUCCAUGGCAGACCGCUCCAGCCGCCUGCUGGAGAGCCUGGACCAGCUGGAGCUCAGGGUUGAAGCUUUGAGAGACGCAGCUACUGCUGUUGAACAAGAGAAAGAGAUCCUUCUGGAGAUGAUCCACAGCAUCCAGAACAGCCAGGACAUGAGGCAGAUUAGUGACGGAGAAAGAGAGGAAUUCAACCUCACUGCGAACCGCCUGAUGGGCCGAACUCUUACUGUUGAGGUCUCCGUGGAAACAAUUCGAAGUCCCCAGCAGGAGGAAUCCUUGAAACAUGCCACGAAGAUUAUAGAUGAGGUGGUCAGCAAGUUCCUGGAUGACCUGGGAAAUGCCAAGAGUCACUUAAUGUCACUCUACAGCGCGUGUUCAUCUGAGGUGCCCCCCGGGCCAGUUGACCAAAAAUUUCAGUCGAUAGUAAUCGGUUGCGCUCUUGAAGAUCAAAAGAAAAUUAAGAGACGACUAGAGACUCUGCUGAGGAACAUUGACAACUCCGACAAGGCCAUUAAACUAUUAGAGCACUCUAAAGGAGGCGGUCCCAAAAGUCUGCAAAACGUUGAUGGCAAAUUCAAUUAGUCUUCAAACCCACAGGCCCUUACAAACGAUGUAACAAAGAAAAACCACUAUUUUAAAUAACUAGAUCUUUAUGUUAGGCAUCACCACUUAUACCUCAUACUGAUAACUGCUUCAGAUGAGGAAGUAUUCCAGUGUUGAUAAGGCACACAAAUAACACUUAAAACUAUAAGUAUUUCAGUCGCCUACUUACAAGUUUUGGACAGCAUUGCUGUCUUGAACUGGACUCUAGCCCUGGAAAUUCAGCUUCUGAAGAUGCACACAUGGUACGUGGGAAAAUAAAUAAGGGGCAAAUGCAUCACACUGCUCUUUCCUUAACCUAAGAACAGAUGCACCCAGCCCCUGGAGCAGUGCACUCACACCAGUGUGAACAGAUGCACCCAGCCCCUGGAGCAGUGCACUCACACCACAGUGUGAACAGAUGCACCCAGCCCCUGGAGCAGUGUACUCACACCAGUGUGAACAGAUGCACCCAGCCCCUGGAGCAGUGCACUCACACCAGUGUGAACAGAUGCACCCAGCCCCUGGAGCAGUGCACUCACACCACAGUGUGAACAGAUGCACCCAGUCCCUGGAGCAGUGCACUCAUGCCAGUGUGGGCAAAGGACCCAGCACCCAAAAUAGUGUACUCACACCACACAGUGUGCCUAGAAGGGUAAAAGGAAACACAUCAGACCCUCUCCCUGCAUGUUCUCAAUUUCUGGGCCAUCUGUUUUAUGCAUCUCACAACAUGUAUCUUUAUGUAUGUGGAAACAUGACAUAAAAUGUGAGGAAAAGGCCUUCACUGUACCACAGUGAAGGUUGGGACCCACCAGACUGCUGCGGCCUCUCCAAUGUCAGUGCUAAUGGGCUUCUUCAUGGGCUGCCCUGGAGUCAACAUGUAUGCCAUGGGAGCACAGUGUCCUGACCCAGUCUCUUCUCUGAGAACAUGUGGGUGGCUUCAACUUGUUGCUAUGACUACAACAUAUUCAUGUCCUUAGAGCUUUGUUCUGUUCUUGGUCUUCUUUGUAUAAAAUUCCAUUAAUGAGUUCAUUGGGCCAAAAGAUAUAUGCAUUGUCAUGGCCUAAAAAACAUUUCUAAAUUUUUAUAAGUUUUAGCAAUUUGUACUGCCUUCAGUAAUUAAAAGAAUCCAUUUCACCAAA